AUGACUGCUGUGAGAGAUAAAAUUAUGGCUGAAUUAGUGGAACUUCGAAAUGCGAUCAUAUCAUUGAAGUGCUGUCUCUGCGAGAAUCUUUUGACAGUGCCACCGAUAAUGGUGCUUUCUGAAGACGGAAAACAAUUGAAAUGCGGAAGAUGUAAAAAUAACAAUGACAGACCAUCGAUUUGCAGAAAUUUCGCUUUCGAAAAUGUGGCGAUGUUUUCCUCAGUUCCUUGCAUGUACAAAGAUUGCAGUAAAAUUAUGCCGUGGAAAGAGGUGGAAAGACAUGAAGACGCUUGUGAUAAAAAGACCAUCAAAUGUCCAAUCUAUUACGAAGAAUGUGAUGGAAUUAUUCAGGUGCGCGACGUGGAUUCGCACUGCCACAGAUUUCAUACCGACAAAAUAUUCCACAACAGUUUCAACAUUAUUGUAUCAUACUUUCUAUCACCAAGUGUCGUAUCAUUUUUAACAUUCAGUGGUCUUGGUUAUCGUCCUCAUAAUUUCAUUAUGAUGAUCAUAAAAACACCUAGAUUGGCGCAGGUAUAUGUCGCUUCCUUAGAAGAAAUCGAUGAAAAUUUUACAUACGAUUUGAAAUUAUCCUGCGCAAAUAACAAUACCUCUGUCACAUAUGAAAAUCAGCCCAUCAGUAAAUAUGAUGAGAAGAAUCAUUGUCUCAGAUGUAUGAAUGGUGGAUGCGAUUUGACUUUUUAUCCCCAUACGAAAAUACAACACGAUAUUCCUGUAUAUAAUCAUUUCAAAACAAUUAAUCUCACUCUCAUGAAACCUGUUCUUGGCGAUUCUUUGAAGAUAAGAUUCACAAUAAGAAUCGUCCCGAAGAAAAAGAUUAUUCCAUUGUGGGAUACUGCAACAGGAAUAAGCCUCAGGAAUGAUAUGAACGUCAAUGACAAAUGUUUGAAGAAACAAUUACGUUGUCCUAUAUGCAUGGAGUACAUGAUCAGUAAAAUAUAUAACUGCGAAAACGGGCACGUAUUGUGCGACGCCUGCAAACCCAAACUGACUGAAUGCCCUUCUUGUAGAACAAAACUUGGCGGAUUGAGAAAUUUUCCAUUGGAAAACUUAGCUGACGAAUUGGUGCUUGCUUGUAUAUUUUCAAAAAACGGCUGUGCUUUAACUGGAAGAUUAGAACUGCUUUCUCAACACGAAAAAGAAUGUGAACAUGAAGGGGAGUGA